UAGAUGGCAGUAGUGUUCAUGGUACCGGGUUUUCGCGUUUACUCCAUGCAGUUUUCUGUGCAGUAGAAGAAGAAUGCGUUAGAGGACUUCCUGGAUGCUCGGAUGUGAAUGUAAACACAGAAAUGUCGCAGUCUCCAGACAGCAGAAGCCUUUUGUCCGCUUCUUCGCAACUCAACCUCAUGGAAGUAGAAUCGAUUGACGAUAAGGAGUUUGACAUCCCCCAAGUGGACACGCCUCCCACCCUGGAGAGCAUCCUCAGUCAGAUGGAGGAAGAGGAGGAGCCGUUUGUUUUGGAGGACACGUGCAUUUUAAACACGGACAACAUGGAUGCUCAGUCCUGUGAUACGUCCUCCUUGGCCAGCUCGGACAGCGGAGACCCUGCGCACCUCAAACGAAAGAGGAGGCCUCUGGAUCAGAGCGCGGCCGUCCACGGCUCGGUCCUUCGUCUCAGCCUGCUGAAGGGCAUCUCUGCCCAGAUGGUCGCUGCUUCAGACAAAGUGGACGCCGGGCUUCCCACCGCCAUAGCCAUGUCUGGAGUUAUCGCUGUAGGAACAUCUCAUGGUCUCGCCUUGGUAUUCGGAAAAGAUACCAACCAGGCUCUGCGGCUGUGUCUGGGCAGCAAGACGACAGGAGCAGAGUUCGGCGCCGUGUCCGCUCUCAGCAUCAACCACGACUGCUCUCGUCUUCUGUGUGGAUUUGCUAAAGGCCAGAUUACCAUGUGGGAUCUGGCUAACGGGAAGCUUCUGAGGACCAUCACAGACGCCCAUCCUCCAGGAACUGCCAUACUGCAUGUGAAGUUCACAGACGACCCGACUCUGGCGGUCUGCAACGACAGCGGAGGCUCUGUGUUUGAGCUGACAUUCAGGCGGGUCAUGGGGAUGCGCUCCUGUGACUCCCGGUGUCUGUUCAGCGGCUCUAAAGGAGAAGUGUGCUGCGUGGAACCUCUGCGGACGCCUCCGGACCUCAAAGACCAUCCCAUCACCUGCUACUCUCUGCUCGCCAUGGCCUCCCUCACCAAGAUCCUGGUGAUUGGACUGAAGCCCAGCCUGAACGUCUGGAUGACGCUGCCCUACACCAAGUCGGACCCGACCAGUGUCCCCCAGCUGGCCUGGCAGUUUGUUCCCGUCCAGAAGACGGUCAACCCCGUCCUUGCCUUCUGUAAAGGAGACACCGUCCACUUCCUCCUGGUGAAGAAGGAGGAGAGCGGCACCAUCCAUGUGAUCAAACAAAGACAACUCCACCUGAGCUGUGACAUCAUCAGUCUGAACUGGAUCAACAGCUGCACCUUGGUGCUGCUGGACAGCCACGAGAAGCUGCACGUCGUGGACCGGCCCUCGCAGGAGGUUCUGGAGACUCUGGAUCUGGAGCAGGUGCAGCUGGUCUACAACAGUCGACACUUCAAAUCGUUGGCGACCGGAGGGAACGUCUCUCAGGCUCUGGCGCUGGUUGGAGAAAAAGCCUGCUACCAGUCCCUGUCCAGCCACGCGGGCCAGAUCGUCUGUCUGGGCACCAAGUCGGCUCACAUUAUGUCCCUGAGGAGCUGGAAGGAGCGCCUGGACUGCUUCCUGAAGCAGGAGCAUUUCCCUGAGGCUCUGUCUCUGGCCUGGUCCUUCCAUGAGGGCACUGCCAAGGCUGUGGUAGGCCUCCAUUCAGACUCACAGAAGAGGAAGGCAGCAAUCAGCGACAAGAUGGUAGAGCUUCUCCUCCAGUUUGCAGAGUUCGCUCUGAAGAAGUGUCCGGAUCAGGGCAAAGUCCAGGUCAUGGAGCAGCACUUCCAGGACAUGGUGCCGGUUUUGGUGGAUUACUGCCUCCUGCUGCACAAGGCAGACCUGCUGUUCAACCAGCUCUACUCGCGCCUGCUGGAGAACACGGUGGCUAAGGGAGUCUUCCUGGAGUCCCUGGAGUCCUACAUCGUGGCCAACCGGCUCGGUCACAUCACCACGCCUGUUAUGAAGGACCUCCUAGCCCACUACCAUGAUAACGGCAUGAUGGACAGCCUGGAGAGAUGCAUCGUCCACCUGGACGUGACCAGCCUGGACAUACAGCAGGUGGUCCAGGUGUGUUGGGACAACCAGCUCUAUGAUGCUGUGAUCUAUAUUUUCAACCGAGGAAUGAACGACUACAUCACUCCAAUGGAGAAACUCUUUUCAGUGAUUGGUCCUAGAGUCAAAGAGGGGAGGAGCCUAACAGGCGAUGAUGUGGUGAUGGGGAAUAAACUACUGGUUUACAUCAGCUGCUGUCUGGCUGGAAGGGCGUAUCCAAUCGGAGACAUCCCUGAAGAUCUGGUUGUUCAGGUGAAGAACCAGGUGUUUGAGUUCCUGAUUCGUCUUCAUUCAGGCGACUCUUCUCAGAAGGAGGAGGUUUUCCCGUUUAUUCACACUCUCCUCCAUUUUGAUACUCGGGAAUUUCUCAAUGUCUUGGCUAUGGUGAGGGAACAAUUUGGGCAUAGCAAAGCUGUGCAUCACCAAAACAGAAUCUUUUUUUUUAUAUUGAAGGUGAUGGUGGACAACCCUGACUUCACUCCCUCCCAGGUUGGCGGUCUCUUCACCUUCUUGGCUCGCCAGCUGGCCAAACCAAACAACACACUGUUUGUGAACAGGAACCUUUUCGAUCAGGUCCUGGAGUUCCUCUGUUGUCCAGAUGAUGAUUCUCGUCACACUGAAAGGCAGCAGGUUCUGCUGGAGCUGCUGCAGGUUGGGGGGGUGGUCCAGUUCAAUGAAGAAAGACUCUUCACUCUUGCAGAGAAAGCCAAGUUCUACCAGAUCUGUGAGUUCCUGUAUGAGAAGAAGCAUCUGUAUGAGCGCAUCGUGGACUGCUAUCUGAGAGACCCUCUGCGUCAGUCUGAAAUCUUCAGCUACAUCCACAACCUGAUGUCCAUGCCAGGCUACAGCUCUGAAGAGAAGCUAAAGGUCAAACAGAAGGUGCUGCAGCACAUGCAGGAGUUGGUUAGCCUGUGUCCUGCUAAGUUAGCCGACCUGGUGACGUGGCACUUCGCCGAUGAGGUGCAAUCCAUCAUCUCUUCGCUGCAGGACGACCAGCUGCUCUUCCAGUUUCUCCGCUGCCUUCUGGAGCCUCAGGAAGGGUCUCAGCCGGCAUCCCUUCUGCCUCUUGACCCUGAACUCUAUGAGCUUCUGCUGGACCUGAUGUGCCGGUUUGAAUCCCAAGAGCUUCUGAAGUUCCUGCAAACAUCUCAGCAUUACAGACUAGACGAGGCUAUACAGAUAACGCAGAAGUACGGCUGUAAUGAAGCCAAGGCCUACCUCCUGGAGAAGAAGGGAGAUAUCCAUGGAGCGUUUGCCUGCUUGCUGCAGACCCUGAAGGAAAGACUGCAUGUCCUGUCAGCAGAGGUGAGCCGUGACGGAGAAGGAGCAGCUGACAGACGAGAUGAUAAGGAGCUGGAUUUAACACUGAUGAAUGUCAGGAAUUCAUUGAACCAAAUGAUUCUCUUCUGUCAUCGGAACUGUCAGAACCUGGACCAAGAGCAAGGAAAGGACCUGUGGUUCCCACUGCUGGAUGCCAUGAUGGCCUCACAGAAGGAAGUGAUGGGGCUCAAGGAUAAACACGUCUCAGAUGGUCUGAAGGAGAUGACCCUGAAGGUCCUGAACUGUAUGAGCAGCUUUAUUUCCCUCCCCGCCAUCAUUCAGCACAUACUGCAGGAUCCCGUUUAUGGACGAGGAAAGCUGGCGGAGAUUCAGGGGCUCAUUCUGGGGAUGUUGGACACCUUUACCUAUGAACAGACAUUGCUGGAAACAACAACAAGUCUGCUGAACCACGACCUCCACUGGUCCUUGGCUCAUCUCCGCUCUGUCGUCACCAGAGGGCUUCAUCCACGACAAGACUGCUGCAACAUCUGCCUGCAGCACUACAAGAGGAAGCAGGAUGCGACGGAGGAGAUCGUUGUGUUCAGCUGUGGCCACCUGUACCACCUGCAGUGCCUCCAGCAGAAAGACUGUGGGCGGGGCCAGAGCUCCGAGCUGCCACAGCCUUGGAGGUGCUACAAGUGUUCUUCCAGCCAUGGAGGAAGGGGCGGGGCUUCUGUUGAACCCAGUAGGAGCCGCAGCGCGUCACUCGCCCAGACUCGUUUCUCAUCAGGACAUCAGCAGAAAGGAGGCGAGGCCCACGGGAAGAAGGUAUUGGCUGCAGUGACGCUGGAUGUGCAGCAGGAGCUGUCCUGGGAUCAGCUCCGGGGUUUAUACCGAGGACCAUCCAGGCUGUCCAUCCUGUCAGAGGUGUCACAUGGCCAAGGAGGCGAGAGGCCGGGCUUCCUGGUUCCGGCCCAAUCAGGGGCGGAGAAUUUCCACCUCAAACUGGCUCCUCCUCCUCUGUUUGAAGAGUAGCUCCAUGAUGGAUUCCCCCACGGUCCUCCAGAACCUUCCUACCCAGGAGGAAGGAUCCAUCAGUGGAGCUGCUUCUUGGAUCAGCUGUGACCCAGCAGGAGAAGCUCCUGCUCCAACCAACUUAUGUAUAAACAGAAGUGGACCGGUCCAGACCCCAUGUGUUCAUAAGAAGGUGGCGCUGCUCCUCAUGUUCAGCCAUCUCCAUGGGGCGUUUCUAGCACUACACAUAGUUCUGGUUGGUACCCAAGAUUAAAUCGGCUGUUCAGCUGGGCCUGGUACCAGUCCAGAACCACUGAUCUGUUUGUGGUUUUCUAAUAAAACAGUGUUCAGCAUUUCAUUUGCUUGCUGACAGUUUUUUACUGGAAGAAUCAGACGUUUAACCAGAACGGAUCAUCUCCACAGAUCAGAGAACAACAACCUGCUUUGUUCCCAUCAUGAACUCCUGCUUUAGUUGGAUCUGUGUGACAGA